UGUAUGUGUGUGUUGGUCGAUGUGUGUGUUGGUCGAUGUGGGUGUGUGUGCUCUGAUUUCCUGAUAUGAGGAAACUUUCUUUCCGAUGGAGUCACACUGAAACGUUUCAGAAUGAAACUGCUGUAGGAACACACACACACACACUUCAUUCAGAUAUGUGUGUGCGUGUGUGUGUGUGUGUGUGUGUUUUUACAGAACUGACAGACUCAGACAGGAAGUGUCACCUUAAACCAAAACCAGCUAAGAAGAAACAACGCAAGGGACGGACAAUUGUAAACUUCAGACAGAUGUCCAUCAGUGCCAAGAAUGAACGUGAUGUGAUGAAAACCUGAGAGCAACUCACACACACACACGCACACACACACCCACCAUGAGUACGACAGCAGUGCACUCAGCCUCACUACCUGUGGAGGAGCCGACCACGCCCCCACCAAUGACCACGCCCCCUCGCAAAGCCUCAGUCCGCCUGCAGGAGAGACGUGGCUCUAACCUGUCCCUGCUCUUGGAUGUGAGCAGUCUGGGGGUGGAGCCUGUGUGCUCUGUCUCCACCCCAAAGGAGGUGUGGCUUCAGCUGCUCCACACCUCGUCCAGACCGCUCACACACACACUGCUGCAGCACGCCGCCACCAACACGCACACGCUCAACGACGAGUAUCAGAAGAUCCCACCCAACUUUGUGAGCGCUGAAGAGCUCGAUGUCCCUGGACACAUGAUGAAGGACAGAUAUAAGACCAUUCUGCCCAAUCCUGAGAGUCGCGUGAUUCUGAGGAGCCUGGAUGAGGAGGCGGGGCCAGACCGCUACAUCAAUGCCAACUACAUCAGGGGUUACAAAGGAACACCGCACGCCUACAUCGCCACCCAGGGGCCGAUGGUGCACACUGUGGGCGACUUCUGGGACAUGGUGUGGCAGGAGAGGAGCAGUGUCAUCGUCAUGGUUACCAGACUGAAGGAGAACAAUGAGAAGUGUGAGGUGUACUGGCCACAGCUGAGAAGGAUGAAGGUGAGGGACGAGGAAAGGAGGCAAGAAGAUGAGGAGGGAGAGACGAGGCAGUUCGGGAGGUUCCUCCUCAGAGUGAGAGACAGUCAAGAGAAAGAUUGCUUCACCAUCACUGACAUGGAGAUCCAGCUGUGUUCCGAGCGUCGUCCUAUCAGACAUUACUGGUUCACCUCUUGGCCCGACCACCACAUUCCACAAUGCACUGCUCCUCUGCUGAGGUUGGUGGAGGAGGUGGAGUCGUACAGGAAGUCCCUCCUACUGCCCGCCCCUCAGCCAACCGCAGGCCCCACCCCCGGCCCUGGACCAAUCAUCGUCCACUGCAGUGCAGGUAUAGGUAGGACAGGUUGUUUUAUAGCCAGCAGUAUUUGUGUUGAGCAGCUCAGAGAAACAGCUCAGGUGGACAUUCUAGAGGCAGUGUGUCAGCUUCGACUGGACAGAGGUGGUAUGAUCCAGACCACAGAACAGUACCAGUUCUUGUACUCGACUCUGGCCCAGUUCAGCUCUCAGCUACAACACCAGCAGGAGCAGAACCAGCAGCUCAGCACACAGUUACAGAACCUUCAGCUGGACAACACACAGAACCUACACAUACACAGCUGAAGAAACCCAACAGAACCUCAGAACCAACAGAACCUGAAACAAAAUAAAUGAGUCUAUCAGCA